UGUACUCAUUUGUGAGCGUUGCCGAUACCUAUUGCAACGACGGAUGUCGAACCCAUGCCGUUUGCGUGGAGGAAGUUUCAAAGGAACUUCCAAAUGCUGCGCUCAAGACAGAGGUUUUUGCUGCAAAUGAAGACAGUCGUUACUAUCGAGCGUUCGUAUUGCGCUAGCGUGCGCCGCUGUGCGAUUCAGCCCACCCCCUAUUCCAUCUCUGGGGUUAUUAUCUGCGCACAUCGCACACGUGUGUGUCUGAAGACGCUAAGAUCCUGUUGCUCCACGAGCCAACACUCACUAUUCUUUCCACUUAUCUGGUAAAAUAUCUCAAGCUCAAGACCCUAGACUUGUUUUUGCAAGAUGGAAGACUUGGAACUCCGUAUCGGUGCCAUCUUCAUCAUCCUCGCUGUCUCCGCGGCUGGAACGCUAGUGCCCAUUAUCUCGCAGAAAAUCCCAUUCUCCAGUUCGGAUCCGAUCGCUAUGGAGGCGAUUCGCGCAUUCUCCUUCGGUGUAGUGCUCGCAACGGGAUUGAUCCAUAUGAUCAACGAAGGAAUCGAAAAACUCAGUGACGAAGCACUCGGCUCAAUCGUGGAAGACUAUGGAUGUCUAGGCUUGGCUGUCGUGCUUGCCACAUUGGUGCUCUUGCACCUAAUUGUGAAAGUGCGGUCUUUUUUGGUAGUCAGGGCUCAGUUCUCCAUGGCCACGGACACAGCCAGAAUCAUGACCAUGACGACGAAAACGUUCCUGCCAGUCCUCGUAGCGUCGACUUCCACUCAUUUCAGCCUGAUAGCCCGACACCAGCGAAAGAAACUCAACAAGACCUCAACACCCACCGUAAAAUCGCCACUAUUAUCUUUGAAGCAGGAGUUAUCUUCCACUCCGUCAUCGUUGGGAUUGAUCUCGGUGUCACGACGGGUACCGAAUUUAAAACGCUGCUUACUGCUCUCUGUUUUCAUCAAUUCUUCGAGGGUAUCGCUAUCAGUAGUGCUGCUCUCGAAUCCAUCAAGAACCGCACGAAAUUGUUUUUAGUUAACUUUGCUUUUGCUAUCACCACACCGAUUGGGCAGGUUAUUGGCAUUGGUAUUCGCAACUCGUACUCGAGUGAAUUGUUGACUGCGUUGUGGGUGCAAGGCGUGUUUGACUGUGUCGCCGGGGGUAUUUUACUGUACACGGGUCUUGUGGAGCUGCUGACAUACAACAUGACUAUGAACCAGAAAUUUCUGUCUCGAACGUCUUCUCAGCGCUUCGCGUUGUACGUUUGUCUAUGGAUGGGAGCUGCUUUGAUGGCUCUUAUCGGUAGGUGGGCUUAAGAUAAAGAAAUAUCUUUUGUGGCGAUGAAACAAUAGCGAUUAGAGUCCACAUACGAGUAUGAUGUAGCAAUAAUUCUUUAAUUCAAGGUAAAUUACUGAUUAUAUUAGGGA